UCGGAUUUUAUUCCAACAUGGAGGAUCUUUAUUGAAGGUGUUGUGGUUUUCCUUAAAUAUGUAUACUCUUUGACUAGCAAAAACUAUAGAAGUUUUGUAGUUGGUGCGAAAAAUGACUUCGUUGCAAUACGUGGUGCAUCCUUUACCUGGGACUGACGAACAGUUCAAUGACAGGUUAAAGGAAGUGGCAGAUAGAAUUAAUCGUUUGGGACACAAUUUACAUCCAACCUUGUCAAAUCUGCGCGUUAAUGUUAAACGAAUAUGCCUAAGUUCGACUUACAUUGCUUUGCUGUUAGAAGAUGGCCGUGUUUGUCGCAUUUCUUAUAAUGUAUUAUCAGAUAGAUUAGAUCUGAGUAAAAUCGAUUCCAAAAGAUCUUGGUUAUGGCGCAGCUCUGGCGGCAGCGGGGGCGGUACUGGUGGUUCGGGGGGUGGUUCUGGCGGGGGCGGAGGAAACGCUGCCGGUAACAAAACCGGUGGAGGAGGUAGAGGUUGCAGAACACGAGCCAACACUAGGUUACUCCCGGGUCAGCGUUCCAACACCGCAAUUCGAGGUGGCAGCAAUAGUGGUAGCCGAGUCGCUCCCGUCAUUAUAGGGACUAGCGCGUCCAGCGGAGGCCGACCCGUCGUAACUGUCCCCGCCCCUUACGUGCCGGAAGAACUGGUGCUGCAGGCACAGGUCGUUUUGCAAGGGAAAAGCAGAAACUUGAUAAUUAGAGAGUUACAGAGGACGAAUCUAGACGUAAACCUGGCCGUAAAUAAUCUACUGUCGCGCGACGACGAGGAAGGUGAAGAAGGCGACGACGCCGCCGACUCGUACGUACCGGAAGAUUUGAUAUCCCUACUGGAUAGUGGAUUUCACUCUGACCAUUCUGUUAUAAUUGACGCGGACGCGAUGUUCUCCGAAGACAUGUUCGGCUACGCCGGAGUGAGAAACUUCCUUACCAGCCGUGGCGGCAGCGGGAGCCGUAGCCGUCUGCCGGACCGCGACGCGCCGCCCGUAGGUGCCGCAAACGCAAACGGGGGCGGCGGCGCCGGUGGCGGUAGCGGAGGAGGCGGCAGCGGAAACGCCGAGCGCGACCGCGAAAAUCUAUCCGGGUGGCGGGAGCGACGUUACUUCGGCCCGAGGAAAUGGCUCGAGACCGCUUUAAGGGACAGCCCUUACGACAAGGAUUCGGACCAUAAGAAAAAAGACAACGCGUGUCCGUUGUGGAUAUCGGACGAUUUGGAGUUUUGGCCGGAACCGGCACCCAAAUUUUGCCAAAUCGCGACGCUGUACAGCGAGCUGAUCGCUCUGUCGUCGAACGGACAGCUUUACCAGUGGAAAUGGAACGACCACGAGCCGUACAAGCAUCCGGAGAAUCCCAACAUCCAUCAUCCGAAAACGAUCCCGCUGAAUCUGACAGGCGAGAAAGUCGUGCAUCUAUCCGCUUGUUCGACUCGGUGCUCCGUGGCCACAGAGUCUGGUAAAGUCGCCACGUGGUUGGACGAGUUGUUAUCUCCCGCCUCUAAUAAACUCGAACACGCCGCUCAGUCUUACACGGAGUUUCAGAGCGAUAGGAUCACAGCCUUGCACACUUGUCCGCUCUACACUGUUGCUCGUUUGGAGAGCGGGGCGUUGUAUUGGUGGGGCGUGUUGCCUUUCCUUCAGCGCAAACGUUUGUGGGAAAAGUACCGGACGAAGUGCAGGAAACUGCGACCGUCGACUAAUCAGUCGGAGAUAGUGACCGGGUCACAGGUUUGCAUGAAAAACAACCCGAUGUACCAACCGGGCGCGAUAGGGUUCACGGUGGCCGCCGGGGUGCCGAAGGUCGGCCAGUUGCAGAACGCCGCGUGGACACUGAGCGACACGUGCACGUUCAAAAUUAUGAAUAUAUCCAGCGGGAGCGGCAGCGACAGGAAUCGGGAGGAUAAGGCCGGUUCGAGCGGCUCCGGUUUAUAUGCGUUUAAGAAGGGAUCCUCCAGCAAGAGGACCGAUGACGCAUUCGCUGAAUCGUCAGCCGCGAAAAAUUCAAACAUCAAAGAGAACACCGACAGAUUGGACAUGCCCCCGCCCCCUUCGCCGGCAUCGAGCACCUGCAGCGACACCGGCAGCACUUGUCACAAGCGUCAGAAGAGGCUGGUGGUUACAGUGUCAGAUAUCAACAGUGAUCAGCGCAAAGAGGAAGAGGAGUGGCACCUGCGGGACGUCAUAUUCGUUGAGGACGUGCGCAGCGUGCCAACCGGUCGGGUCCUCAAGGUGGACGGCGCGUACGCUGCGGUCCGGUUCCCGUCUGCGCACGCGCGCGACCGCGACACGAAGGACGCCGAUGACAUAUUUCAAGAUUGCCGCCUGAUGAGAAAAGAUGAUCUCCAGGUGAUAAAAUCGUCUUCGAACUCGCGGGUGCCCGACUGUUUCCAACGCAUGCCGCGACGUAUCCAGGUCUCCGAGAAUGUCGGUCAGAUAUUGACAAUUGCGGUCGACGGACAGGGAGUCCACGCGGUGGUCAGGAAUGGUUCCAAACUGAGUUACGUCAUCAUCAACAUCAGCAGCGGCCGCGUUGAGCAGGAUAACGCGUUCCCGAGCGACACGGCCGCGUUCAUGGGCCUGUACCCUUCCUACAUCAAUUUGACCUGCGCCGGAGAGAGCACCGAAACGGUCUUGGUGUUGCGCGACGGCAACAACACCAUCUAUCCCAUUGCCAAGGACUGCGCGGAAGCGAUCAGGGACCCGCAGUUUUUAGAUCUGCCGCCGGUGAAGUGUCUAGCCGCGGGGACGCUGGCCCUGACCGGCACUAACGUCAACAUGAAAAAUCAGGUGGCCAUUUUGGUGUUCGCCCUCGAGCAACAGUUGCUGAUGCCGAAAAUACUCAAGUGCGACGUGGACGGCGUGAGGCAGGUGCUUGCGCAGCUCGACAGCGACGGUAAAAUUAAUACCAUCGCGAGGCCCACCAUUUUGACGGAGCGGUGCGACGGCAAUAGGAAUAUCUUCCACGCCGUGGUCAACAUGUGCACGCCUACAUCGAAUAAAGAUAACGACGAUCAGUACGUGCCGGAAGAUCCAAUCCCGACGCAAAGUUGGCCGCCCGAAUCUUUCGACGGUGCCUCGGGCGACGAAGACAGUAUUAUUAGUCUCGGCAGCAGCGCUGCGAACAAGGGCGGCGCGCACAACCAUAGCGUGUCCGGCAACGUUUUGGAUCCCUCGGAGCGCAGAUCGAACGCCAUGCAAAUUCUCCACGCGCUCCUCUACGAAUCGUCGACGAUCGAGAACCAUCUGGUCGAAUUUCUCUGCUCUAAAGACGCGCAAGGUCAGACGCCGUUCAUGCUGGCGGUUUCUUCGCGCAGCUAUCCGGCCGCCCUCGAGAUAUUCGAGCGCAUCACCAAACUGGGAACGCCCCAGGAACGCGAGGAGAUGGUGUUCCCGAAAGGCUCGAAUCCCGACCACUCGCCGUUGCACGUGCUCUGCUGUAACGACACAUGCAGUUUCACGUGGACCGGAGCCGAACACAUCAACCAGGACAUAUUCGAGUGUCGCACCUGCGGCCUGACCGGCACUCUGUGUUGUUGCACCGAGUGUGCGCGGGUAUGUCACAAGGGCCACGACUGCAAGUUGAAGAAGACUUCGCCGACCGCCUAUUGCGACUGUUGGGAGAAGUGCAAGUGCAAAGCGCUGAUCAUGGGCAAUCAGUCAGUGCGUUACGAGCUGCUCAGCAGAUUGGUGAAGGAGACGAAUUUGGUCUGCUUGCCCAAUUCGAGGGGCGAAAGCAUACUGCUUUUCUUGGUGCAAACGGUGGGCAGACAGAACCAGGAACAGAGACAAUUUCGCAACUCGCGGCCACGCACUACGUCGUCGAACUCGAGGAACAAAACCCCAUCGUCCGACAUCGAAUCGGACAUGCCCGAGCACGACCUGGAACCGCCGCGGUUUAGCCGCAGAGCUUUGGAAUGCCUUCUGUCCGAUUGGAAAGCGGUGAAGAGCAUGAUCAUGUCCGGCACUCGAAAAUCGAGCGACGCGCAAUACGCCGACCAGCCGUAUAUUUCGGGUCAAUCGGGCACCACCCUGCUCGACAAAUUCACGCAUUGCUUUUUGGUCAAGUGUCAAAUGGUCACCGACAUUCUGGUCGAGACGCUCAUCAAGGAGAUGAAGAACGCGGACAAGAAACAAGCGGAGUUCGCGAAAUUCGUCGCCCGACGUUUCGUCCGGUCCGUGGUGCGGAUCUUUGUCAUAUUCAGUAUCGAGAUGGCGCCCAGUUCGGUGAAAAAACGCAGCCUGAGAGACCAGAACCAGCCGGUGAUGAAAUGCAAACGGAUAUUCCAAUCGCUCAGCAAGUUGGCGAUCGAGGAGCUGUGCGAAACCGCCGACUCGCUAGUUGCGCCCGUCCGGUUGGGCGUGGCCCGACCUACCGCCCCGUUUUCCUUGGCUACCUCUCCCAGCGACGUGCUUAACGGAUCGGAAGAACUGUUUCUGGUCGAUCCGCUGGCGCCUAGCGGUUCGCGACCGAGCACCGCCCACAACUCGACCGAGCCGUUUCCGUUCUUGAGCGAUUCGAUCCGCAGAUCCCAAACCGCGAGGGAACUGCUCAACAUCGUCGACGGGGAGAAUAUGGCCAUCGAUAACGACGACGACAACGCGUCUGAGCACGAGGACGCGUCCGCCGAUCGAGAUUUGUCUUUAGUUGGCCAGGCUUCCUCCCUGGCAGAGAACGAGAACCAAGAGGUGGUCCCCGACCAGCAGGAGAACCGGCUGCAGGGCGAGGAGAGCGACCCCGAACUGGAUCUGUUGGCGGAAACCGAGUCGGACAGCGAUGACAAUCACAGCAAUCAAGACGCGGCGUCGGCGCAGAGGUCGGUUCAAACCGGCGCCACGGCCGGAUCUGAUACCGGAGGCAUGUUGCUUUUCCCCGAGGACGAGAGCGGCGAAUCCAGUCAACAGGAAGAGGAGGAGAGCGAGGCGGGGGAGACCGACGAACAAGACACCGAGGAUUACACCCUCAACGACGAGCAGUUGGAAAGACGAAGCAACCCAACCGGUCAAGGAAACCGGUCGAAUCUGGCGCCGCAAAACAUGCAGUGGGCCAUCAGGUCGAGGGAAGCCGGCAGAUCGACCGGUGUGCGUCUCGCUAACGGAUCGAAUUUAGUGUUCAUCGACCCGAGCUCGUUAAGAAGAUCCACGACGGGUAGUACCACCGUCGCGGCCAGCUCGGAACCCAUCACCAUGGCCACGACGGCGAGCUGUUUGGCGAGGGCCUUCGGAAUCGUGGUGAGACAAAUCGCAGACUUGCUUGCGGCCAUGUCGACCAAUUCAAUCGGCGGCAUUCCACAGUCGGCGUGCAUGAACGUCACUCAGGAUGACAUUUGCAAUGUACAGAUCUAUUUAGAGUUCAGACUGAAGCCGACGUGGGAUUGGCUGUUGACGGUGAUGGACGCGACCGAGGCCCAGCUGAAAUUCGGUGCGUCUUUAACAAAUUCAUUCGAUUUACCGAGCCCCGCCGGCCAUACGAUGAAUAAUUCCGGAAUCAACUCAGGAGGUGGGCAUCGUAAUAACGUGCCUGCUCCCGCAUCAUUGGCUUCAUUAGCGGGUCUGAGUAGUACCGGAGUGGUGAGGUCAAGCUAUAGAACGCACGCCGUCACGGGAACUACGAGCGGUACCGGCGGCAGCAGAAUCGUUGGAUUUACCACCAAUGUGGAAGGCGCGAGGUCCCGGGCCGAUAGAGAGGGUAGCGACGCGCAUGCCGCCAGACGGGAGUUCCUAUCGUACUGUCUCUCGUUAAUGCGUGCGCACAACAGCGAACAUUUGGAUUCGCUGCCGAUUCUCGACGUUUCGGCUUUGAAGCACGUCGCUUACGUGUUCGACGCGCUGAUUUACUACAUGCGUUCCGGCAUGAUCGAGCACAGAGAUGACGAUCUGAGGAGCCAGAGCGGAAACUUGCCGUUACCUCCGUGGAACGACCAGGACGAGAACGAAAACGACGAGGGCGAGGAAGAUAUCGCGGUCGCGAUGGAAACCGAGUCCCUGGACGACCAGGAAGUGUCCAAUCUGGCCACCAAUAUAUCGACCAACCUGAACGGAUCGUCGCAGCAGGGAGCCGGCGCGGGCAAAGGACGCAAGCACUCGUUCUUCCAGAGAUCUGAAUCGACUUUGUGCCUCGGUUGCCCGCCGCCCGACCCGUUCGAGACGCCCAUGUCUGAGGCGCUGCCCCUCGCCGAUCAACCCCAUCUGCUGCAGCCGAACGUGCGUCGCGAGGAUUUGUUCGGUAUUCCCAAGCAGCCGGUUACCCUUAGCGCGUCCGUGGACAACUCUGACAAUCCCCUGGAACAGCUGCCGACGAAAUUGAGCCUUUCGACUCGCACAAACGACUACGCAAUGCAUCAGCCCGCGCAAGCGAAUCAUCCCAUAUCAAAUUCGCUGAACGUGAUGGGACCAAAUCCUCUAACCUAUCCAAAAAACUACUUCCCCGGCGUGGAACAAGAACACCCAUCAGAUUCGAAGGAAGUUCACGUGCAAACCGAGGGUCAGAGCGCAAGAGAGCCGGGCACUAGCGGCUUGUGCCUUAAUCCCAGGCCGGGUCAGGAGGCGAAGAAAAGAAUCAUGCAACCCUUCGAGAGCUUGCUGGCCGCCAUCGGUACUAAAACAGAAGAAUCUAUGAACGACAGCCCGCAGGACUUGUCGAAGAACAAUUCGAGGUCGACGACACCCGCCCCCGGUGACAUUUCGCAGACCCCGCGACCCCAAAUAAUCGUGUCGCCCAGGAGGGUGGACAGCGCUGUCGUUAACGAUACAAGUUCGGGAUUCGAGAGGAUGCAACUAAAUACCUCAUCCAACUUCUCCAACUUGUCUGGCGGUAUGGAUACCAGCCCGGCUACCAGCAGUUUUCACGGGAUCGCGGGAAUUCCCGGCCCGUCGCUGAACGCUCCCGGUGCCUCCAGGAGUCCCAGCAAGACGAGCGUUAUCGUGAGGGCGGGAUCGUCGAUGGGCUCCAAUACGCAAAGCCAAAAAUCGAACGAUUCGGACAUUCUAAUGGACGUCCAGUUGCCUGAAACCCUGGAAAACCAGGAGAUAUCCGCCAACAUAACGAUCGUGACGACGUCGGUGAACUGCGAGCAGGCGAUCAAACAGCCGACCGUCGGACAGCUGGUCUCGCACGAUUUACUCCUCGGCCGAUGGAGACUGUCCCUGGAUCUGUUUGGGCGGGUUUUCAUGGAAGACGUCGGUCUUGAACCGGGCUCCAUUGUGUCGGAACUCGGAGGCUUCCCGGUAAAAGAAGCCAAGUUCAGGCGCGACAUGGAGAAGCUGAGGAACAACCAGCAGAAAGAUUUGACCCUUGCAAAGAUCGAAAGAGAUCGGACCCAGCUCCUGAUUCAGACGUUCAAGGAGCUGAACAGCCAGUACAACAGCUUUAACAGGAGGAACCCGUCGUCGCCGCCGCUGGCGGUUAGUCGGGUCAAGGUGACCUUUAAGGACGAGCCCGGCGAGGGCAGCGGAGUCGCCCGCAGCUUUUACACGGCCGUGGCCGACGCCAUUCUGUCCAACGAGAAACUACCCAACCUCGAGGCGGCUCAGGUGGACAACAAGUACUCCCCACAAUACACCGUGUUGCAAAGACUUCGAAGGGACAGGGAGGUGUUGAGGAGGUCGUUACCGUCGAGAGGUUCGAGCCGAAGCAGGGACCAUCACCGGCGGACGAUGAGCGUGUACGCGAGGGCGUUCGUGCCCGCCGACAACGUCCACAACAGCACCGACGCCCCCUCCAUGCCCGAUAUUUCGUCGCCCGCGUCGAAUCCCCCUGCCGGCAAUAUCAGGAACGAACACCUGACCAGUCACCAGCAGCAGUUGGGCGAUCGGCUCUACCCGAAAGUGUACAAUUUGCACCCCACCUUCGCGGGAAGAAUAACAGGUAUGUUGCUGGAGUUGUCCCCCGCACAGUUACUUUUGCUCUUGGCGUCUGAGGAGUCGCUCAGGUCGAAAGUGGAAGAGGCCGUGGAGAUGAUUCUGGCUCACUCCCACUCUCAGUCAGAACUCAGUAGCGACGCCCUGUUAGAGUUAGAUGUGUUUUCGUUGAAUGAGCGGGGCGAUAAUGCGAGAAAGGGUAAUGGCGGUCGAUCGAACAAUGCUGAUAAUUCUGUUACAGAGGAAACCGCACCCGACGAAGAGGAUAACGCGCCCCUAUUCUACUCUCCCGGCAAGAGGGGCUUUUAUGCACCGCGACAGGGCAAGGCCACCUACGAGAGGCUGAACGCCUUCCGAAACGUCGGACGGUUGCUCGGGUUGUGCCUGUUGCAGAACGAAUUGUGUCCGAUUUUCCUCACGAGACACGUGCUCAAAUCGAUCUUGGGCAGGCCGAUAAAGUUUCACGAUCUCGCGUUCUUCGAUCCUGUCGUGUACGAGUCGCUCAGGCAGCUCGUCGUCGACGCGGAAACCAAAGAUAGCAACAGCCUGUUUUCCGCGUUGGACUUGAAUUUCACGAUUGACCUCGCUCACGAAGAAGGGGGCGGUACCGUCGAGAUAGUGCCCGGAGGCAAGGAUAUCGAGGUGACGUCCUCCAACGUCUACGAUUACGUCAGGAAGUACGCGAAAUACAGGAUGCUGAAGGUUCAGGAAAAGGCCAUAGAGAGUAUCCGUACCGGUGUAUUCGACGUGUUACCAGAAGGUUCACUGGAUGGUCUUACGGCGGAAGACCUUAGGCUUUUACUUAAUGGCGUCGGGGACAUCAACGUGGCCGUUUUAAUAUCGUACACGUCCUUCAACGACGAGUCGGGCGAGAGCAGCGAGAGACUUGUCAAGUUUAAGCGGUGGUUGUGGUCAAUAGUGGAGAAAAUGAGCCACCUCGAGCGCCAAGACUUGGUAUAUUUUUGGACCGGUUCGCCUGCAUUACCGGCCAGCGAGGACGGUUUCCAGCCGAUGCCCUCAGUGACCAUACGACCCGCCGACGACGCCCACCUGCCCACGGCUAACACGUGCAUCUCCCGCCUAUAUAUACCCUUAUAUAGUAGCCGAACUGUUUUGCGUCAGAAACUGUUACUUGCCAUUAAAACUAAAAACUUCGGUUUCGUCUAAUUUUCGUCAUUGUUUUGGGCGCGCGGUUUCUGAAUAAAGUUGUCUUUUUUUCCCUGUUACGUUUUAUGGCUUUAUUUUUCGAUUCGAAUGUGAUUUGUAAUAUUUAUUGUUGUCUCAAUGAUGCGGUUCGAGGGGGAAGAGUUGUAAAUAAAGCGUCGAUCGGAAAGAGGGCGUCCGGGCAAAAGCGUCGGACUUUGACUUUGUAGUUUUGGGCUUAUAUCGCGACGUUUUUGUCCGGGCGUCGCCUCGCCGAGCGAAAGUCCUUCCGAGUUGGAGACGGAAAGGGGGGAUUAGUUUUUUCAAUUGUUAAUGGACGAAAAUAUAUCUUAAACUGCUUAUGUAUGGAAAUAAAGCAAGGUUUA